AUGCGGCGGCACGACGAGGCCAAGGAGCUGAUUCAGACGGGGAUCUUCACGCAGGACAAGUCACUGUUCACGGGCCAUCUGCGCGACAACUGGAUCUACCCGGUCGCGCACUUCGAGAUGGCCGCCAACCUGUGGAUGGAGCGGCCGACGUACCAGGCGCUGCACGGCAAGGCGGUCACCGCCGAGGAGACUGGCGGUGAGAGCGACCCGUUGCAGCUGGAGCGGCGGCAGGUGCGGGAGUGCAAGGAGCACCUCGAGAAGGCGGCCAAGUGGGAGAGCUACGAGCUGGACGCGCGCAUCGGCCUGAAGGUCACGGCGGCUAUGGAGGCGAAACAAUCCACCGUCGCCUCGGGCUUCUCCGCCGCCCUGGAGACGCGCACGCACUCGAUCGUCUCGCGUAUCCGCAGCCGCGAGCCCGGCCAAACCGCCCGCUUCACCCAUCCUCUCUCCCACACCAAGACCACCGAGGACGCCAUCGUCGACUUCGACGGGCCCGACGACCCCUACCGGCCCAUGAACUGGGGUUUCCGGAAGAAGGCGAUCACGACGGUGCUGUAUGGGUUGACGACGAUGGGUAUUUACUCCACCGGGACAACGCAAGUCGACUCGGAGUUCCAUGUGAGCGAGGAAGUCGGGACGCUGGGGACGACGUUGUUGCUUUUUGGAUUCGGCCUCGGUCCACUGAUCUGGGCGCCCAUCUCCGAAGUCUACGGCCGCAAGCCCGCCGUGCUGGCGCCCUACUUCAUCGCGGCGAUCUUCUCCUUCGGCACCGCGACGGCCAAGGACCUGCAGACGGUGAUGCUGACGCGCUUCUUCACGGGCUUCUUCGGGUCGGCCCCGGUGACCAACACGGGCGGGGUGCUCAGCGACAUCUGGACGGCGGAGCAGCGCGGGGCGGCGAUCGUGGGCUACGCGAUGGCGGUCGUCGGCGGGCCGGUGCUGGGGCCCAUCGUGGGCGGGGCGAUCACGCAGAGCUACCUGGGCUGGCGGUGGACGCAGUACAUCACGGGCAUCAUGAUGAUGUUCUUUUUGUGUCUGGACCUUUUAUUUCUGGACGAAUCCUACCCGCCGGUCCUCCUGGUGUACAAAGCGCAGCGCCUGCGCUUCAGCACGGGCAACUGGGCGCUGCACGCGCGCCACGAGGAGUGGGACGUGACGCUGCGCGAGCUCGGAAACAAGUACAUGAUCCGGCCGUUCGCGCUGCUGACCACGCCCAUUUGCUUCCUGGUGGCGCUGUACGCCUCCUUCGUCUACGGCAUCCUGUACCUGAGCCUGGCGGCCUUCCCCAUCGAGUUCCAGCGCAUCCGCGGCUGGAACCCCGUCGUCGGCGCCCUGCCCUUCCUGGCGUACCUCAUCGGCAUCCUCUGCGGCGCCGCCAUCAACCUCUUCAACCAGCGCUUCUACGUCCGCCGCUUCAAGGCCAACGGCAACCGGCCCGUCCCCGAAGCCCGGCUGCCGCCCAUGAUGCUCGGCUCGGUGUUCUUUGCGGGAGGACUGUUCCUGUUCGGCUGGACCGGCACCCUCAAAUAUCACUGGGUCUGCCCCUGCAUCGGCGCCGUGCUCAUGGGCUUCGGCUUUUUCACGAUCUUCCAGGCCGCCCUCAACUACCUCAUUGAUACCUUCCAGGCCGCUUCGGCCAGCGCCGUCGCCGCCAACACCUUCAUGCGCAGUCUCUUCGCCGGCUGUUUCCCCCUGUUUGCGAACAUCAUGUUCACCAAGAUGGGCGUCCCCUGGGCCGCCAGUGUGCUGGGCUUCGUCGCCGUCGCGCUGAUCCCCAUCCCCUAUCUGUUUUAUAUCUACGGGAAGCGCAUUCGCGCACGCGGGAAGUGGUCGCGCGCUUCGGUUUAUGAUUGA